CAGCAGCAGAAGCAGAGGCUGAAGCAGCAGCGGAGGAGGAGAAGGAGAAGAAGGAGGCAGAGGCUGCCUUACGACUCGCAAGACGGAGGCGCCUCCGCGGAGGGUGGAGGGCGAGGCCGGAGCAAGAGGAGGGGGACCGGGGCCUUCUUCUUCGCUCUCCGGCGUGGAUGCUGCCCAGCCGGGAAGAGGCGGCCCCACGGAUCCGGGCCCUCAGGGCGCAGCAAUGAACAAGCUGCGGCAGAGCCUGAGACGCAAGAAGCCAGCUUAUGUCCCAGAGGCAAGCCGACCCCACCAGUGGCAAGCGGAUGAAGAGGCUGUACGCAAGGGACGCUGCAGUUUCCCUGUGCGGUAUCUAGGCCAUGCUGAAGUGGAAGAGUCCCGGGGUAUGCAUGUUUGUGAAGAAGCUGUCAAGAAGCUGAAAGCGAGUGGUCGCAAAUCUGUGAAGUCGGUGCUUUGGGUCUCAGCUGAUGGGCUGCGUGUCGUGGAUGACAAGACCAAGGAUCUGAUUGUGGACCAAACUAUUGAGAAGGUUUCUUUCUGUGCUCCUGAUCGCAACUUCGACAAAGCAUUUUCCUACAUCUGCAGGGAUGGCACCACCCGCCGCUGGAUCUGCCACUGCUUCCUGGCACUGAAAGAUUCGGGUGAACGCUUGAGCCACGCCGUGGGUUGUGCCUUUGCCGCUUGCCUGGAGCGCAAACAGAAGCGGGAGAAGGAGUGUGGAGUGACGGCUUCUUUCGACGCCACUCGCACCAGCUUCGCACGAGAGGGCUCCUUCCGCCUGCCAGGCCCCACCACCACGCGCCCCUCGGGAGCACGUCCCCCCCAGGACAGGAAGAAAGCUGAAGCAGUGGCAGUGCCCUCAGCUCCUCCUCCGGCCCCUGCGCAACCUGCCAGUGCCUCUCCGCCUCAGGGGGCCAUGUCUCCGGAAGAGAAGGCCGAAGCAGGGAGCGCCCAUGCCAUCCCUCGCCGCCAUGCCCCCUUGGAGCAGCUGGUACGGCAGGGCUCUUUCCGGGGCUUCCCCACCCUGAGCCAGAAGAACUCGCCCUUCAAGAGACAGCUCUCUUUGCGACUGAACGAACUGCCCUCCACGCUGCAGCGCAAGGGGCACAAUGGUGAUGCAGUGAUAGAACUUGAAUCCACGCCCAAUGGAGAUUCAGAUGGGAUCACCGCCCUUUGCAGUCAGAUUGAUGCCUCGCUCACCCAGCCGGCUGGGGAGCCGCCUAGUAGUGCACCUCUCAAUGGUACCCUUGGCCAUCCCACUGCCACAGUGCCCAUGGAAGGGGGCGGCACAGCUCCCUCCACAUGGACCAACAAUUCUGCCGGAGCCUCAGUAACUCCUCCAUUCCAGCCUGGGCACAAGCGGACACCUUCAGAAGCUGAACGCUGGUUGGAGGAGGUGGCCAAGGCUGCCAAGGCCCAGCAGCAGGUGGCCGUUGCAGUGGCAAUGCCUGCUUUCCCCCUGAGCUAUGAUACUGCCACUGCCCCACAACCUCUGGGGAUGUUUGUCCCACCUCACAUGCCGCCGGCCUUUGUGCCAAUGAGCUCUGCUUAUCCGCCGGCAGUGCCAUACACCUCCAUGCCUAGCGUGCCAGUGGUGGGUAUCACUCCCUCCCAGAUGGUGGCCAAUGCCUUCUGCUCAGCCACACAGGCACCUGCCACAAACCUAGGGUCCAAAGCCAGUCCUUUCCCUCAAAACCUGCUGGGUCCCACAAUGCAGCCCAAAGCCAACGGGAAUGCCUGGCCCCCUGAGCAGACCCAGCCAGUGCCCCCUGCCCCAUGCCAUGAGCCCCCCGACCCCUUUGAAGAGCAGUGGGCUGCUUUGGAGUCCAACAAGCCCCCCUUCUGUCCAAACCCCUUUUCUGGCGACCGGCAGAAAACCUUUGAAAUAGAACUGUGACCACUAUCUUUCUCUAGGGACCGGACAAUUUAGAUAGCCACCCUAUCGUGCCCCACACAACGUCUUCCCUCAUAGAGUCUACUCCAUGGGUCAUCAGAGCCAAACACAUACACCAUACUAUCCCCUUUCCCCAACUUGGAUUGGUCAGCAUCUUGAGUCUUCUUGUCACCUAUGGCUCAGAGACCUAUCUUUGACAUGAACCCCCCAUCACCAAAAAAAAUUGGAGUUUCAGGAUGGAAAGGGCUGUGCAAAGCAGGAUGUUUUGGGGUGGUCAAGGAAACCCUGAUGCGAUUGAGGUGAAAAGGGGUGCAGCAGGGAACAGUCGAAGUUUAUGAGCUCUUACUCUGGGGAAUGUUUCCUUGGAAGGCUUCCAAAGCAAAAUUUUUGUUCCUCUCCUUUUUGGUGUGCUAGGUGGAGGGGGGGAUAUUCCUAGCAGAGACUAUAAUGGAAUUUCACUCAUUCUCACAACCUCAAGACAUCCUGCAUGGAGGUGCCAGCUGGACUGGUACCCCUUCUAUGUGCCCAUAGAACUGUGUUUCUUCCUCUCCGCCCGCCCCCCCCCCCCCCCAACUUUCUCUGAGCAACCAAAAGAUUCUCCUCUCUUUUGUCCCAAGCUAAGCUAAAGAACAAAUGUGGUUACUAUUUGGGUCAGGCUUGGUUAGGACUUGGAAGCUAUGCAGGGUCAGGCCUGGUUAGGACUUGGAUGAGAGACAGCCAAGGAAAACCCGGUGCUGAGAAGGCUGUAUAGUGAGCCCUUGGUAUCCUCUUGGGUUUGGUUCCAGGGCUCCUCGUGUUUACCAAAAUCCGUGGAUGCUCAAGUCCCAUUAAAUAUAAUGGCACAGUCAAAUGGGUGUUCCUUAUAUAAAGUGGCAAAAUGAAAAUCAUUCAUUGGUUCCUUUGCAGACGGAAUGGGAAAACGGUCUAACCAUUUCCCAUCAACAUUUAAAAUUGUGGAUGUUGCCGGAUAGCAGUGCUCCAGUUGUGCCCCAUCUUGGUGGAGGCAGCUAUGAAGAAAUCUAUAGGGUGAGGCAAGAUUUGGCUAAAAUUAGGUUUUUUUUCGGGGAGGGGUUUGUGGAUGUUAUCGGUGGCCCUCAGAUAAUCUCCUAUUAAGUAAAGGACCAGUUUUGGCCGAUGGAUGUGUUUCCUUUUAAGAGCAAGCAAACCUUUGCCUCGAUGUCAUAUGAUCAAAUUUGAAAAUCUCCAAAUGUUAUUGCACCAAAUGUCAAAAGGUGGUCAAAAUGGGAGCUCUAGGAAGGGGUAGCAUUGCACCAAGGGUGUGUAUAUUAUUUGGGGGGUGGAAAAAGGGGAGAAGGAUGAUUGCAUGGGGCAACUGUGGUUUGGGGUGGGGAGAGGGAGGGAUGCAAGGAGGUUGUACCAGCCUCCUCUCAACAGAGCUGUUGAACUGCAGGUUCAGUUCCCAAAACCUGGCCUUGAUCCUCUGCUGUGGCUGGCAGAGGGGCAGCAUUUUGAAUGAGCAAAAGCCUUGUGAAUGUCAAAAAGGGAGCUGCCAGCCAAGUUGCCAUUGGAUCUGUGUUUUUCCCUCUGGGUGAACACCUUGUGACUUAGGAUUUGCCCACACUGCAGGAAUAAAGCAGUAUGGCACGACUUUAACUGUCAUGGCUCCAUCCUAUCAAAUCCUGGGAUUUGUAGUUUGAUGACAUAUUUGGCCUCGUUUGUCAGAGUGCUGGUGUCUGUCAUUGUGUGCCUUCAUGUCGUUUCUGACUUACGAUGACCCUGUCUUGGGGUUUUCUUGGCAGGGUUUGUUCCGAGGAGGUUUGCCAUUGCCUUUACCCUGAGGCUGAGAGUGUGUGA